AUCUCCCCUGAACUUGGCGGAACAGCCUAUUAAAGGCUUACUUAAUUACUCUAAUGACACUGGACAGGCCUUAAAACUCGGACCGGGCUUGGACGAGAGUUAAGAUCGCUUGCUGGGAUUUGUAAACAGGCGAUCGUGUGAGAAACGCGAGUUGGAAGAAAGAGGGUUUCUUUUUUCGCCGGCUUUGUUUUCGGUGCGCACAGUGCGCCCCGCCGGAUCAGCCGAUCCCAGCGCUCAGUUCUUGUUUCCCGCCUGGGUUCUUACUAUGCAAAUAAUAUUCCAAAAGUAAUCACGUGUCUUUUGAACAGCCACGUGGGUUAACAAAGCAGGUUUGCCCCCCUGCUAGCCCAUGGCUUUAGAUUUUUACUAUUUCUUUAACUGAUCCGAAAUGCACACAUUUACCCAAAGCAUGCACGGCUCUAAUCCCAUGGAAUAAUUUACACCAUGAAUGCCAGAGUCCCUUGGAUGAUCCCCUUAUAAGGGCCAGUUUUCUCCUCAGACCUCAGUCUGCUUCAUCUCCUGCCAGAGUACCACAUCUCUCCAACUCGCAGCUAAACUCACUUUUGAGACUUCUGUCAGAAAUCGUCGAUGGCAUCGAAGAUGAAGGACAGGAAGCGAACUCCCAUCUCUCACAAAGUCAUCGAGAAACGAAGGCGGGACAGAAUCAACCGCUGCCUCAACGAGCUGGGAAAGACGGUACCGAUGGCACUGGCAAAACAGAGCUCUGGAAAACUGGAGAAGGCUGAGAUCUUAGAAAUGACAGUUCAGUAUCUCCGAGCGCUGCACUCGGCGGAUUUUCCCCGGGGAAGAGAAAAAGGUGAACUUCUCGCCGAGUUUGCCAACUACUUCCACUACGGAUACCACGAGUGUAUGAAGAACCUGGUGCACUACCUGACCACAGAGGACAGAGCCGAAACCAAAGACAUCAAGUACGCGCGGAUCCUCGCCUUCCUACAGUCAAAGUCCCGUGUGGUCACCGAGCCCGUGUUCGGCUCCGUCGGCGCGAUGCCAGAACCAUCCGACUACCUGGGCCAGUUGCACUCCUCUCCGGAGCACCAGAGCCAAAGUCCGUCUGACUCCGCGUACCAGCAGAGUCCACCGGGACACUUCUCCUGGCACGGCUCGGCGCGCAGCCCGGGCAUCUCGUAUCCAACAGUGCCGCUCUCUGCGCACACACAGCAGCACGGCGGAUACUUGUCACCGGUGCAGGGACUCGAUCACCACUAUUUCAACUUCAUCGGUCACACGCACGCGAACACGUUUAGUUUGCACAGUGCGCAGCACGCCAUGUAAAUAUAGCUAUAUUUGUUUUGUUAUUAUUCUUAUUUAUAACUGUGAAUUGUGUGAACUGUUUCUGUAUAUAUUGUGAAUAAACGAC